GAGAAAUCUACAAAACAAAAAAACAGCUGCAGAAAAUACUUGGCCAACCACCACCACAAACAACGAUAUUACCAUAAGAGCAUGAAUGACAAACAUCCUUUUGUUGCGCCCACGUUUUUCCAUACAACCACGCUUUUGUGUCAACUCUCCGCAACGACAACAACAACAACUUUGAGUAAAACUACGAAUAACAUUGCAAUAGUUACAGCUGCUGGGCCUACAAUACAAUUGGAGUAGUUAUUGUAGCUACGAAUUUAGGCAAAUUUUUCUUUUGAAAAAGAAACAAAUAGUCCAAUAGAAGCGGCGGUGGCAUCGGCGACCUCUCCACACAACACAAUCACCGGCAAAAAAAUGUUUCAAUUCUCAUUGUCUUCUAUGGUGGUGGCGGUGGCGGUGUUGCUGGUGCAUCUGUUGACUGUUGUCUUGUGUCAGACAAUAAUUUCAUCAGUUAACCUGCAACCGAUCUAUAGAAAUGCAACAACAAAAACAAUGGCUGCAACAAAUGCAGCUUCCUCUAUGUUAAGCGAGUCCGCCACCAGCACCCCUGCAUAUCCGGUUACUUCGUUGUCACCUCUGCCCACAAUAAGAAAAAGUACCAAAUUUUUCAAGAAACCCUCUACGGUGAGCAAGAAACGUAAAGCGGUGGAUGUAUCUUCAAUACCCAUAGGCGAUGAUACCACCGAGUGGAGAUGUCCCAAUAUAACGGUAUCGCGUAGCCUGGAGUGUGGCUGUGAUUUGCCCCACACUUUGAGAUGUAAUGGAGAUCUGCAUGGUUUGGCGGUUCUAUCGGAAAAUCUUAGAGCCUCACCCUAUUCAGUGGCCCUGUUAGAUGUCUCCCUGAGGAAUGUAACUUUUCUAAGUGAUGCUCGAAUUUUUGAUAAUGUCUUUUUGCGUUGUCUAAUCAUAUCCUCGGGUGAAAUUAAACGUGUCCACAAAUCAGCUUUCUUGGGUAUAAAAGGACCGCUAUUGGCUUUGGGCUUACCCGGUAAUGCUUUACUUGCGGUACCCUGGAGCUCUUUGUCAACGUUGGUGGAUUUAGAACGCCUGGAUUUAUCGAAUAAUAAAAUUAAGGCUUUGGGUACUUCAGAUUUGGCGGCCUUGAUAAAUUUGGAAUAUCUGGAUGCAAGUCAUAAUCAGCUCUCGAGUAUAUCACAGAGAACUUUUGCCAAUCUGAGAAGACUUGAGGUCUUGAAAUUAGGCGGUAAUCGUUUGGGAGAUUACGCUUCGAGUCUGAAGGCCCUAAUGCAGUGCCACAAUUUAAGAGACCUCGAUCUAAGUGCCAAUAAUUUGAGUGGCAACUUGUCGGCCACCUCGAUACCUGUACUGAAAAAUCUGGCCAGCCUCAACCUCAAUCGUAAUCUCAUUAAGAGCAUUCAAAAUAAGGCACUUAUGAAUUUCUCACGCCUUACCACUUUGUCGUUGCGUCACAAUCAAAUCGAUGUUCUACAAGAUCAUGCAUUCUAUGGUUUGGGUGCCUUGGAAAGCUUGGAUUUAAGUUACAAUGGCAUAGUGGCCAUAUCCAGUGCCUCACUGCAACACUUAACACGACUCAAAACCUUGGAUCUGACACAUAAUUUUCUCAGAGCCUUGACCUCAGAUCUAAUAACACCUUUGCCAUCUUUGGUUGAGCUGCGUUUAUCGGGCAAUGAUAUUUCGAUUGUUGCCAAACAUGCUCUCGAUGGAGCCAGAGAAUUGAAGACGUUAGUCAUGGAAGAGAAUCCCUUAUCUUGCGAUUGCACCAUGCGUGAAUUUGCCGAAUGGCUGCAGGCAGCCAAAUUAGUUUCCCAAGAGCUGUUGAAAAUAACCUGUGUCACACCGCCCAAAUUGGAGGGAGCUCCGCUCAUACAGGUACCCAUGGAAAUGUUAAGCUGUGGUGAUAUGGAAAAUCUGGAAGAGGAUAAUGCCAAUAUCAUAGAACAAUUGGAGGCAAUGGCCAAACAGAAUCAUAGCACAAAUCAUCAUGUGCGAGAUCUUUCAGAGGAGAUUAUUUUACAUGAAGUACAUUUUUCGGCUGAUUAUGGUCUAAUACUGACAUGGAUCAUAAAUCUAAGCAAAAACGAUUACAUGUGUGAUGCCAUAUUUGUUUACAAGGAGGAAAAUAUCAACGAAAUUCUCAUUGAUAAUUCACCGAUUCAUUGCGAAAGCAAAAUGAUAAAUGGCCAAAACACUGUUAGUGUAAUAGUGCCAGAUAGCUCCUCCUUGGAUGUGGGAGAAAGUUAUCGUUUUUGUUUGGUCAUGGUUCAGGAGCACAAUCCCCAGUCUGAUCUUACAGUGGGCUGUUCAAAUAUAACCCAAUUGCAGAUAAGCAAUCCCGAUUCAUUGCCCCAAACCAGGCAAUUUAAACGACGUCCCUAUGCGGAUCUUUCGAAAUACGAUCGUUCCCCGGAUUCGGAGCUAACAUCUAACAAUGGAAUAAAUAUAGACUAUGGCAUAAAUCCGCGUAAAUUCAAUACAAUGUCAAGUCAACAACAACAGCAUACACAACACACUGCAGAGGGGUUUAAUGAUUCACUGCCAGCCAAUCAUUCGCCCUAUGAAUUUUUGAAUUCGCUUAGCAAAAGUUUUCUACCAGGUCUGGGCUUGGGUGUAUUGGUGACCUCGGUGGUGGUUCUAAUAUGGGCCGCUUCACGUUUGCGCCAAAAUGUCAAUCAUCAGAAUAAUCAGAAUAACAAUAACAACAUAAUGCAUGGUGAUAGACGUUCCAGUUCACCCACUGCCACCACUUGUUAUGCAGCCUCGGAGCAUUUGGCUCGCCUAGCGGAUAGUGAAAAUGGAGGAACGCGUUACCUCAAGUUACAGGCCACCACAAGUCUUUAGGUUUCUAAUGGCUAAGGAAAAAACGAUAUCGAACCAUGGUUUGGUUUGAAAAACACCACCCAGAGCCUAUGGUUUGUGGGCGUGGUGUUACUCUUACAUGUGAUAGUACUUUACCAAGUACCCCCCAAAAUACCAUUUAAUACUAAAUAAAAAAAAAAUUAAUUUAUAAAAUAUGACAUUUUAUACUACCCUAUGUACUACUAAAAAUAUUUAUAAUUGUUAAUUUAACCAACUAAGAACACCUAACCUUAGGUCUUAAGCCAAAUAAUUGUUUUAGGUUUUUUUUUUCUAGAUUUCAAAUAAGUUCCCAAUAAUGAUAAAGUUUUAUUUUUUAAGUAAACCCUUUUUUUAGAGACUCUUUUCCCUUCUUCUUCUUUUGUUUUGGAAAUUGGCUGCAACUGCAACUUCUUUUGCAGCCAAUAGGUCGUGUGCCAUAUUAUAGGAAACUUUUGUACUUAAUUUAAAGACUUUCUUUCCUACAUUCUAAAUAGUCUUUACUUAUUGUAAAUUUUGUAUACUAAAGCAAAGAAACCAAGAGCAAAUAACCAAUUAACACUUAAAGACUCACUUACUUGAAAUUGUUUCAAAUAAAAUAUCACAAUUGAUGAGUAUG